GUUCCAAAGAACUGGGCAGUAAAACUACUGCCAAGGUAUAUUGUACCUUUCUGUAUUGAAAAGGUCAUGGAUACAGACAAUUGUCUGUUAGCUCUCUCAGAGAGCAUGAAGAAACAUGGGAUACACCUGAUGUUUUAUACAAGCCUACUAAGGCCUUAUGUCCAUGGUGACAACAUACUCUUCCCAGGAAGAGAUCUGGAUACCAUUUAG